AUGAAUUCUUACUUGAAAGAAACAAAGAAAUUGUUGAGUGAAGAAAGAAAGCCGCUGAUGGUUGUCAUCGGUAAUGAAUCAGUUGAUUUAGAUUCAGCAGUGUCUUCUUUAUCUCUUGCCUAUCAUUUAAAUAAAGUAAAAUGUAAAUCAAAAAUCAUUUCAAAUGAAAAUAAAUUGGAAAAUUUCUUUGUUUUGCCGAUAAUUAAUGCUAAGAAAGUUGAAUUGCCGAUUAAAACUGAAGUGACACAUUGGAUUAUUAAAAACAACAUCGAACUAAGCAAUUUAAUUUGUCGUGAUGAGAUUAACUUGGAUGAUGUUGAUAAGUUCAUUCUUGUCGAUCAUCAUGUUUCUGUGUUUAGAGAUAAAUGUUGGAUCAUCGACCAUUUGAUAAAAAUUCAAGCUUGGCAAGCAAUUGUUUUUUUAAAAUCCAAGAAGUUGGAUCUUGUGCAUCACUGGUGA